GCGGCCGUUUGGGCUACUUGCGCGGGAGAUAAAAGUAACUUGGAGGAGUUUCCAUGCAUUUUUCAAAGCUGUGUAGGUCAUCCAUAUUUCCUAUAGCCUGUUUCCUUCCUCUCAAUGCAUAACAACUUGUUUUGGGGCGGGCUAGGUUUGUUUAUACGGUCAUUUUUUCGCGGACCUCAAAAGGAGUUGGAAUUCUCCUUCGUUGGUGAUAGCGAUAAUGGUAAUUAUUGAAGCUUCACCUUAUGUGAUUCUACGCUGCGGUGUGGUGCUGCUAUUGUAUCCGAUCUGUGUCGGUCCGAUGUGAAUCGGCUUGGACAGCCACUACUCUCACGGAGGGUUAAGUGUUAGGACUUCUGUGAACGGGAGAGAACGAAAUCGUGAAUUAUCCGAUUAUGUUAUGUUGACAGCCAAGGAGCGCAUGUCUCUGAAUUUUUGGUCUAACAAACCCAGAGAAGAGGAACUUGCCUUGUAUUUAAACAUGGGAGGUCAGAUAACAAGAAAUACCUUGUACGAUUCUCUGGGUGGCCCCUUCCCCAACACGUCUCACCGCUGCCACCAUAAGCCCACCAAGAGAUGUCUCCCUAUCCAGCAGUGUGGGGGCAGCAGGUCCUCCUUUCCCCUGCUCUUCCACCCUAGUGCCAAGGGCUCCCAGAUUGUCAUGGACAUGGCUCAGAGGACCGUCAAGAGACAGGCCAGCUUCUGCAACGCCAUCACCUUCAGCAACCGGCCCAUUGCCCUGUUCGAGCAGGUCCGCCUCAAGAUCACUAAGAAGCAGUGCUGCUGGAGCGGAGCCCUGCGUCUGGGCUUCACCUCCAAGGACCCAUCCCGCAUCAACCCAGACAACCUUCCUAAGUACGCCUGCCCAGACCUUGUCUCACAGAAUGGAUUCUGGGCCAAGGCCCUGCCCGAGGAGCUGUCCAACGAGGGCAACAUCAUCUCCUUCUGGGUGGACAAGAAGGGCCGGGUCUUCUACCGUAUCAUUGACUCUAGCCCCAUAUUGUUCUUCUGCGGGGUCCAUGCCUCCGAGCCACUCUGGGCUCUCAUAGACGUCUACGGCCUGACACGAGGGGUCCAGCUACUGGACAGUGAGAUGGUGCCUCUCGACUGCCUGCGUCCUCACUCCUUCACCGCGGCCCACCGGGCGUCCUUAUGGCGGGACACAGACGACCCUCGCCUUUCUAUCAGACUGUGUGACCUUCGCCACCAGGAGGAAGAGGAGCGCCUGCACCCCUUUAGCUCCACCUCCUGUUCCAUCCCCCAGAACUCCCUCAACUCCCAGCAGUGCUCCCUGCUCCCCUCGCUUCUUGACAGCGAUCUCCACUUCCACCCACUCCGAGGUGCCAACGUCAAAGCCCUCGAUGAGAACACGGUGACCCGGGGCGUGGAGCACCGCAGCGGUGACGAGAGGACCUUGGUGUUCACCAGCCGGCCACUGUGUUGUGGAGAGAGUGUGUUUGUGAAAGUGACCAAGGCGGGUGGCACUCGUCUCGGGUCACUCUCCUACGGCGUGACGUCGUGCGACCCGGCCGGGCUUCGGCCCAAUGACCUGCCAUACAGCCCGGAGUCUCUGGUCGACCGCAAGGAAUUCUGGGCGGUGUGUCGGGUAGGGACGCCCCUGCAUAACAGUGAUAUCCUGGGUUUCGGGGUGAACGUGGAGGGGGAGGUAUUUCUUAGCCUCAAUGGGAUCAACGCGGGGAUGCAGGUGUGUGUGGACAACUCCAGACCUUUAUGGAUGUUCUUUGGUCUGCAUGGAGACGUUACACAACUCAGGAUCCUAGGCUCGUCUUUGAAUGCAGACCCUCAGGGGCAGUCAAUUCCCAGCUCCCCAUCCUGCACCCCUAACACCCCAACACUGCGCUGCAGCGACAGCUCCGAGCCCAACCCCAACUCCAACCUGAACAUCAACCUCAACACCAGCCUCAAUGCCAGCUUCCCACCAGCCUUCAGCAGCUCCACAGGUACGACUCCCAGCUCGCCAUUCUCCAGCCACCCAGAAUACCCCACUUUCCAAGUGUGCUCGGGCUCUUGGAGUGACGAGUGCACCAUCUGUUAUGAGAACGUGGUGGACACGGUGCUGUACGCCUGUGGUCACAUGUGUCUCUGCUACGCCUGUGGCCUCAAACUGAAGAAGAUGGCCAACGCCUGCUGCCCGAUCUGCAGGAGGACUAUCAAAGACAUUAUAAAGACCUACCGGAGCACGUAGGAUCGGCCUGGCUGUGUAACACCGUGGCUCAUUCACCGAGAUCAUCAAAGAAAACAUUGAGGCCUAUCAGUGCAUGUAGGGCUGACCUGUCUGUGUCACCUAUGGCUCAGCUACAGGAGGUUGUUCAUCAAAGACCGUCAGAGACAUAAUUCAGUCUUAUUGGAGCAUGUAGGUUUGGCCUGUCUCAGUAUGGCUCAGCAACACUGAGAUUCAGCAUCAUCCAGUUGGACCGUCAAAUAUGUCCGAAAAUCAUGUUGGGGCAUAAAGGGUUGGCAUUUCACCAUGACCUGUCUACUCUACAGGGUAGGCUUCUGAGAGGCGGACGGUUUAUACUAAUGGCUGGAAUGGAGUAAAUGGAAUGGCAUCAAUUGGGGAGCA